AUGUGGAGAGGACAAGGCGAACAGGCCUCUCGCUGGCGGGGGCGCCCGAGGUUUCAGCAAUCGGGAGCAAGGCUUUGCAAGACAGCAGCAGGCGCAAGAGUGGUUGCGGUGGGAGUAUCAUGGUGGAUCAGGGUUCUGGUCACCAAGGAAGGUGAAGGAGGCGCAGUUCAAUCUAUCAAGGAGCGUGAGGAUAAGGAGGAGCAGCUUCAAGAAGCAGAGACAGCAGAGCUGAGGAAGGCAGCUAAGCUGUACAGGGAGAAGAUCCAGCAGGACAAGCGUUUUGCGCGUGAGGUUGCGAAGGAGGCAAAGGAGAGGGAGAGGGCUGAAAAGGCAGCUCAGCGUGGUGCCUAG